GGUCAGAAUUAUUCCAUACUGAUGACGUAGCUGUGCAGUGAUCCGUGUAGCCUCUCUUAUUGGUUGUUGCUUGUUUUUGGAAUUCUCGCGCGCAAAAUCGACCAAUCAAAGACGCUAUAAGGAGCUCCUUAUCAGCCUUCGUAGAGUUGGCUAAGGGAGACGUCCUUAUUGAUUGCGCCACCCUCCCAUCCCCCCUUGCUUACAAACUGUGAUAAGGCGAAAGAGUGUGAAUAAGAACAUACCUAUGACAAAUUAUUGUCUCGCUUCACCAGAUUUCUUCCCGGCUGUAAAGUUAUCUUUAAUAUUGAAAUAAUUUAAUUAAACUUAUUUAAAAGAGUUCAUUGUAUACCAUUGAUAAUAUUUAAACAACUUAAAAAAAGGAGAACUUAUAUGUAAAAAUUGCAGAAUUAUGUAUAAUUUUUUUUUGAGCCAAUAACAUUUUUAUAAUUUGCGUACAGUAACUCUGGCGAGGCAAUGAUUUGGCGAUUUUAGCGCUUUUUUCCAGAGUGUAGGAGACGUUUGCAAUACUGAGUUGUGUUAGAUAAUAAUAAUUAAAAAUGUAUCAUACCGUACUGUAGUUCCGGUUUUCUUUUUCACUAAUUAAAAUGUAGUAUCGUUGGUGUCCAUGUAUACCGUGAAACUCGUAUGUGUAAUCAAAUGGUGGCGAGUGAAAUUAGGAAAUAAUUCCACGCGCGUUUUGUCAAAAUUCUCAUAAUUUCCCGAGCCUUUCAAUCAUGGAUCGUUAUAACCACUCUAUAUCGGUUAAUGCCAAAAUCACGGAAUCAAAAACUUCCCAAUCAUUAGUGAACAUGUUGCUGUCAAUUUUGUGGCACAAUAGGUUACCAUAGCAACAGUAUGACCUGCUAAAAACACCGUUAAUUUUAGCUUUAUGCGCUUUUACCUCAAAAACCAGCUCGGAAAUGGCUGCGAGCUGCUGGGAUCAGUGGUUGACAGCCAGAUUACUUGGCGCAUCCGGGUUGGCGCAGAACGUUUUCUUUUAAUGAAAGAGAGAAUCCUCCUAGCGGAAAAUUUACGAAGUGCUCGCUGCUCGCCAUCUGUAUUUUCUAAAGUACUCGCUGCUCGCAAGACAAAUUUGAUCACUGUCCUUGCUCGCAAAAAUAAACGCACUGCCCGCAUGUUCGCAAAUGCUCGCAAAUACCAUUCGGUACCCCUUCUUGGAAACGCUUAGCUUCUGUUGGAUGAGCCCCAAGCAAAACGUUAGAAAUUGGGAACGAGUCAAUGUUCAGUAGAUCCCGCGGGUCGCGGGCAGUUCACCUUCCAUCAUUCAUUCCAUCGCUUCCCAGUAACGCUGGCAUAUCAUGAAGUCACGACGUUUAGCUUCGUUGUCCCUUUUCGUGACGUUUUGCUGGAGAAAUACCCGCUAGGACGCUUUAUCUUUCAUCAUCAUGAAAGUUGUUCUGUCAAACUCUGCAAAGCCGGUAAAUAUCAUUCAUAUUGUGUGAUGUAAACAUCAGCUUUGGAGUCACUGAUGAAAGCAUAGCAGGGGGGUGGGGAGAUCAAGUGAGCAAGCAAGCAAGUAAGCAAGCGAGGGAACGAGCGUGCCUUGGUUUUAAACAGGUUAGAUUAACAGCAACUUGAUUUAACCACAAUGUGUGUGGGAAAGUAUUGAAGCCUUAAAUUAAAUGGAGUUGUGAAUGAAUGGAUCUUUAAGGCCUGUCUUUGUGGAUACUGCAUAAGAAAAAUGGUGGACUACCACAUACCUAGAAAUUACACACCAUUCAUAUCAAAGGCGGCACAUUUAAGGGAUUCAGCUUCAUAUGUCAGUGGUGAUGAAUCAGUCCUUCCAGCAAGCACAUUAUCAGUGUGUAGUGAUUUUGAUUCUGCAUCUGACAUGACGUCUUUACUAAUGACAGCAAGAUCAACAAGCCCAACAAGUUUGUUAGGAGAAAGUGGUUUUCAUCUGUCAGUUGGCAGUAAAGAUCCUGUGGAAACUGUCAACUUUGAGACAUGGAUGAAACAUGCUGAUACAGAUCUGGUGAGAUAUGACACAACCCCCUUAAAGUUGGGCAAAAGAGACACUCCAACAACCUUUGCCUUGGAGCAAGAUGGUGGUAGUUUUAUACCAAUAAAUUCCAAGGUUGUCAUUUCUCCACGAUCCAGAACUCCCAGUCCAGGUAUGAGUAAGAUGCUACUUAGCUUAUCAGACCAUCCUGUGGAGAGACCAUGCUCUCCAAAUGCUUCAUCGCUGUACAAGAACACCAAAACACAUUGCAACCCUUCAGAGCUGGGACAGCAGACUUACGAUGAAUGUAUGAUGUUCACCACAUGGGCUAACACAUACCUUCAACACAGCUUAGACCAGUUUUUAAUCACAGACUUGGCGAGAGACUUAGGAGAUGGCAUUACCCUGUUGAGUCUGGUAGAGAUGUUAGCUGGGGAGUACCCACCUCAAAUCCACAUAAAGCCGGCACUAGAUGUCCAGAAGAUGGAAAAUAUCCAGACCUGUCUGGAGUUUUUGGAGCAUUAUGGUGUGUCAAUCAAUGGUGUUACUGCUGAUGAUGUAGUGAAAGGAAAUCUCAAGGUGGUGCUUGCCUUAUGCCAUAGCCUCCAGAGACACUUUGGUUCAAGUGCAGUGCAUAAUCGUCAAGUUGAACAACUGGAGCACAAAGAUGACUUGUUGACUUUUAACUGGGUAUCAAAGCUUACUGGAAAACAAAUUGUUGAUUUUCAGAGCUUUCAAGAUGGUACAGUGUUAUGUCUGCUCUUGAACAAGAUCAUUGAGGGUGUUAUUCCUGACUUGGUCUUAGAAUUUGGCUCAGCAGCUGAAAAGAUCAGCCUUGCCUUGAAAGUGUCAUCUGAGCAGUUAAAUAUUGGAACAGGUUUACGGGUAGACGCCAUCAUGAACCAAAAGUGUGAAGAAAAAUUCAUGGAAUACCUGGAAGCAUUGCACCAAGUUUAUUCCAGCAAAUCUAAGAAAGUGUACGAUUCAUUCGAGCAGAGAAAAGUGAGAAGGGAACUUAAGAGACAGCAGCUUAAAGAACGUAGGCUUAAAUCCGAGCGAAUGGGCUCCGAGUUGACUUACCUUGGGGAACUGAGCCAAAAUAAAUCCCGUAUUGCCCGGGAGAAGCUGCAGGUUUCUCUUGCAAAUGCCUCCAGGCGCGUACCAAGCAAAGGAAUUUUAGAGAACACAGGUCGGCAAAUUGGUGAAUCGGAACACAUCGCUCUGACAAAUGACUCAACGAAAAUGCCGAGCGAUGGAACCAUAACUGGCACUAAAAGACAACUGGAUGAAUUAAAAAAAGAACUAGAACUGCUGAAGCUUGAAUGUAGCGAGUCUCGCGAUGAAAAUGACUGUAAGAGUUUUGCAACGCCAGAUAGUUAUAAGCACGAUUCAAAGCUGCUAAGUGCACUGGACAAGCCAACAAAUCCCAGGCAUGAGCUCAGAGAGUUGUGUCGUGGCAGCACAAAUGGAAAUAGGAACGAGAAAAGCAAGACGACCAUUCACAAUGGUGACGUGUCCGUAGCUUUAAGAGAAAAGCCGUUUGAAACUGCUUCUGACGAUAAUCAGCCUCGUUUUGGUGGAUGUUACCUUGGCAACAUCCCCAGCAGCUUUGACGGUUCAAGGAGGCGCGGGCUGGAUCGAUCACGUGACGAGCUGAGUUUUACGUUCAAAGAUACGGAUGUGCUACCUCGAACCUCUGUUCAUGAGGGAACCAGGACGUUUCUACCACACGACUCCUCUGAAGCAUCCGUGUUUAAUUCAAAAGCAGAUAUAGCCAGUGGUAGUGACUUACACCUUAAACCUGGCACAACUGAGACUAAAGGUAUUAGUAACUUGUUCGAAGUCGACUUCGAUGAUGUAGAUGCAGAUGUUAAAAAGAAUCAUGAUCGCGAAAAUUCAGCAUUGAGAAGAAUGCUCAGAGCUGGAGAACUGUCAAGACUGGAAAGUGGCAAGUUAAGACGUGAUUUAUAUAGUACGCAUUCAACAAGCCAUGGGAAAACAAGAGUAUGUGGUGAAGCGAAGACGACGCUAGCUACUUCCUCCGCUACUGAAAACAAAAGAGAACGGUUGUAUGGGUCGUUAGGUGCGUUACCUUCGAGAAAGCCGAUGUACAAGGAAGAAAAAGUAUCUAUACGCGAUAAAACUUCCACAGAAGCACCCACUAAAGACUCGUCUAAAGAACCAAGGCAGCUGCAAAGGAGCCCUUCGAAAGAAAAGCGUUACAGGGAACAAGUAUUGGCCAAGAAAUCAACUAGAAGUGUUGAACCGUCUCACUCAUCAAAAACUCAUUUACAUGCCCUAACGGCCUUAAUAAGGAUGAGCGCUAAAAAUGCUGGUGGCAUGUUUGGCGAGGAAGCGCAAUGAGUAAGCUACAGAUAUUGUAAAAUUCUCCCAGCAGAUCGCCUUACAUAGUUCUGAUAAUUUGGUGUUGCAUCGUGACAAAUAACGGUAAACUUUAACUAAUAAUUUUCUUCUUUAUCUUCACUUGUCCACUUGUAAGUAGAAUCCCUUUCAACAGUGAAAUUGGUCUGUGCUUUGGCUCUAUGCUUGCUAAGCUCUAUAAUUGAUUAAAAAGUCUCGUACCACUCGUUUUAACCAAUCAGGGCAAACGCCGUUUUUUUCAACCAAUCAGGAUUAAAACCAAAACCAUGUUGUAUAAUUCCUUCAACUGAUUAAAAUGGUAGCACUAGACAAGUA